AUUAUGAAUUUGGAUUUAAGAUUAAUUGUGCGCCUUCUGGUUGCCAUCCUAGUGGCUUCUUUGAUUUCCACGUCCGUUUUGGCCUACCUGGUUGCCCACAGAUUCCAUGCGGGAAAACCAACAAGAAAAUGAGUUUUCCCUAGCAAAAGUAACUUUAUCCCAAAAUGAAUUGGAUAUUUUGAAAAUCGAACGCAAUGGAAACUUCCGCUUACCAAAACAAACAGCUAUAAGGGAUUGGCACGAUCAUUUGGCUACCAAAGAAGAUAAAAUUAGAACAGGCUUGGGUGAGCAGGGUAUGGCAGCGGAAAUACCAAACAUUGACGAAAAGGAUAUCCUCUACCAAAUGCAUGGGUUAAAUGCCAAGCUCUCUGAUCACAUUUCACUUAAUAGAUCCUUGCCAGAUAUCAGACCUUUGAGUUGCUGGCAUCGCAAAUAUCUAAAUAAGUUGCCCAAUGUGACUGUUAUUAUGGCUUUUCACAAUGAGCAUCUCAGUGUGCUUUUACGCUCCAUAUCGAGCAUCAUAAAUCGCUCUCCUUCGGAGUUACUCAAGCAAAUUGUCCUUGUGGAUGAUGCCAGUAAUCUCACGGAUUUGGGACACAAGCUUGAAGACGUUGUGGCGUUGAACUUUCCCAAAAUAAUUAAAAUACUAAGAUUUACAGAGCGACGUGGUCUUAUUCAAGCGCGGCUAGAGGCAGCCAAAAUAGCCAUCUGCCAAGUUUUGAUUUUCCUAGAUUCCCACAUCGAAGUCAACAUCAAUUGGCUUCCUCCUCUGCUGGAACCCAUAGCCAUUAAUCAGAAUAUUGUCACGGGUUCCAUUUUGGAUAUAAUCUCUCACAAAACAUUUGCUUACACGAAGUAUAAUUCGUUCACCCGUUCGGGCUUUAAUUGGUUACUUCAGAUUCAGAAACUACCAGUUUUUCCCGAAGAUAAAGGAUUUGGAUCCUCGCCAUAUCGAACACCGUUGAUAGUGGGCGCCUUGGCCAUCGACAGGAACUACUUUUGGCAACUGGGAGGAUACGACGAGGAGUUGGACAUCUGGGGUGGGGAGCAGUUUGAGCUGGGCUUUAAGGUCUGGAUGUGUGGCGGCAUGAUGCUAUAUGUUCCCUGCUCCCGAGUGGGCCACAUAAACAGAGGACCAAUGCGAUCGAAACAGAGCCCAAGGAAUCACAAUUUCGUGGCCAGGAACUACAAACGCGUGGCUGAAGUAUGGAUGGAUGAGUACAAGACAUACGUUUACGACAGAAGCCAAGAGCUUUAUGAGAAGACACAGGCCGGAUUGCUUACCCAAAGGCAGUCACUUAGAAUGUCGUUGAAGUGCAAGUCCUUUGACUGGUACAUGCACUCAGUGGCACCGGAUUUCCUGAAAAUAUUUCCAACUCUAGAGCCACCGGGGAUGAUUUCGGGAUCCAUUGAAAGUGUGGCCUACCCCGGAUUCUGCGUGGACUCCCUAAACGGAAACCACAAAAAACCCGUGGUUCUUUCACGCUGCAAUGGAAAUGGAACGAAUCCUGGUGAAUUUCAGAAGUGGCAUCUAACAAAUGAACGUGAAAUUCGGCUAUUAAACGGUGCUGGUUGUUUGCAAACGCAGGGAUUUAAGACAAAAUCGGUUUGGCUCUUUCACUGCCAUGAAAAUGGAGGAAAUCAGUACUGGUUCUACAAUCGCCGACAACGUUUAAUUCAACAGGGGCAGAUGUGGAUAUGGUGCUUAGAAGCCACUUUGCCCAAUGGUCAUCAGGUUGGUAAGGUGCUCUCUAAUAAUGUUUGCCACAAAAACGAUACCAAGCAGCAGUGGAAGUUCGGAGAAUUCGAUGCCUAUGAUCCGCAAUUGGAAUAUCAGGAAGCCUAG